GUUUAUUGCAAAGGGUGUCUUUAGUCAACCAUUUGCAGCUCGCACUGCAGAAACAAUCACUCCAACAAGUCUACCAAUUCCACUUCCCGAUGUUGUUCUAUGGGCCACAUUAGAAAACUUUUUGCUCAGUUCCUGGUUUGCCUCUCCAAUCUUGUCAAUAUUCGCUCUCAGCUUCCCCAUCUGCGUUGGCUGUCUGUUGGGCCUAUAUACAGCGCUGAAGACGGUUUGGUCAAUACAGAGACACCACAACUGGAAUGGUGCACUUGCACAACUUGUUUUGUUCUAGGGCACUGUCCAUGCCCCGAUGAUUCCUUCUCUUGACGCGAUGUGCACCUUGGUAUCAGGCUUGCCUUUCCUCCCCAAGCUGGCCGUUCUGU